UCAUGCUGCUGCCAGGUCCAGAGUGUCUCAUGGGUCCCUGUACGGCCUCCCAUUGCUGCUGUCUCCAUCGCCACACUCUGCCAUGUGCCACUUUCAGGUCUCCUCACACUGCUGGUGUGUUCCAUUUUUUGUCAUAGGGUGCUGGCAGAUUACGGGCCUCCCAUUGCUGCUGCCAGGCCCGUAAUCUGCCAUGGGCCCCUGUACCGCCUCCUCAUGCUGCUGCCAGGUCCACAGUGUCUCAUGGGUCCCUGUACGGCCUCCCAUUGCUGCUGUCUCCAUCGCCACACUCUGCCAUGUGCCACUUUCAGGUCUCCUCACACUGCUGGUGUGUUCCAUUUUUUGUCAUAGGGUGCUGGCAGAUUACGGGCCUCCAUUGCUGCUGCCAGGCCCGUAAUCUGCCAUGGGCCCCGUACCGCC